GUCGGUCUCGACCUUCACUUCCCUUGCAACCGGCCGAGGGAGCACACGUUCGUCCCCGGCCUCCUCCAGUGCUGCCUCCUGUUGCCGGAAGGACAAGACUCCGCUGAUAGUGCCUUGUUCUCACGUUCCUUUCUUCAGGUAGCUUCUUCGGUUGCCUCCACCAUCCAUUCUCUCCCGUCGGAAGGAUGGGUCGUCUUGUAUGGCUGAGCCUGGCAGUUCUGGCCAUCUCGGCUGCGGUCACCGUAGCCGUGAUGAAGGACCGGAAGGCCAGAAUCGUGUGUUACUUUUCCAACUGGGCCAUUUACCGCGAGGGCCUCGGUAAAUACACCAUCGAUGACAUCCCCGGUGACAAAUGCACCCACAUUGUGUAUUCCUUCAUCGGUGUCUCUAAUGUGACGUGGGAGGUCCUAGUGCUGGAUCCUGAGGUGGAUGUGGAAAAGAAUGGCUUCAAAAAUUUUACAGCACUCAGGGAGAAAUGGCCCCACCUACAAACAAUGUUGGCCAUCGGAGGCUGGGGCGAAGGAGGCAAAAAAUACUCCCAGAUGGCCGGAGUACCAGCACGAAGGGCUUCCUUAAUCAACAGUGUUGUGCAAUACAUGCAUCAGUACGGCUUCGACGGUUUUGAUCUCGACUGGGAGUAUCCUGGGGCAGCUGACAGAGGCGGUACUUUUAAAGACAAAGACAACUUCAUGGAUUUCGUGAAUGAAUUAAGAGCAGCGUUCGACAAGGAGGGCAAGAACUGGGAGAUCUCGAUGGCUGUACCCGUCGCCAAAUUCAGACUGCAGGAGGGUUACCACGUACAGGAGCUCUGCAACCAAUUAGAUGCCAUCCACGUUAUGACUUACGAUCUGCGAGGAAACUGGGCUGGAUUUGCGGAUGUUCACUCGCCUCUUUACAAAAGGCCUUUUGAUCAGUGGGCGUACGAGAAGCUCAAUGUGCAAGACGGCCUACAACUCUGGGUUGACCUGGGUUGCCCGAAAGACAAGCUGAUCGUCGGAGUGCCGUUCUACGGCCGCACCUACACUUUGGGAAGUAAAGAUGUCAAUGAUCUCCGCGCUCCGGUGAAGAAGUGGGAGGGAGGUGGUAAGCCCGGUCCUUACACGGGAGCCAAGGGCUUCAUGGCCUACUACGAGAUCUGUCCUCUAGUAGGUGACCCAGAGUCCGGGUGGACAAAGAAGUUCGAUGACAUCGGCAAGUGCCCUUAUACUUACAGUGGAGACCAAUGGGUCGGUUACGAAGAUGUCGAAAGUUUGAAGAUCAAGAUGGAAUUCAUCAUUGGCAAUGGCUACGGGGGUGCCAUGACUUGGGCUAUUGACAUGGACGACUUCCACGGCACUUGCGGCAUAGUCAAUCCCCUUAUCGAAGUUCUCUACGAUUACAUGAAGGAUUACACCGUCCCAACACCGCCCCCAACAACGACCACACCCAAGGUCACAUGGUGGAAGCCAUGGAGCAGUAGUACCAGCACGACCCCUAUGAUGAAGCAAGAGACAACAACCAAACCGUCAAAACCAGCCGAACCAGUUAUCGGGCCUGAAGAAGGUGGGGUACCAGAGCAAGAAGAAGUUAUUGUUCCUCCAUUUUAUCCAGAAUCUCCCUUCCCAGGCGGGAGAGCUAACUGUGCCCAGCAGGAAUAUUACCCACAUGCGGAAUGUUCAAAGUAUUACUGGUGCGUCCAUGGAGAACCUAAGGAAUUCUCCUGCAAAAAAGGCACUGUAUGGGACCAAAGCACUAAGAUUUGCAAUUGGCCACGCGUGGUUAACCGAAGUGAUUGCAGCUACAGUUAAUCAAUGAAGAGAGGUUGCGAUGACUAGCUCUUAAGGUUAUCCAGGUCUAGCACACAGUUUUAUCUAAACCGUAAUAUUCAUUCAGAUAAACUGAAUUGCUGACCAUUAAGGCCUCUACAUUAUGAAACUCAUGAUUACCGUAGGCACCCUGCCUUUUGUAGUUUUGAUGCGGUUAUGUACUCUAUAAUCGUUGGUGCUUCUAGAUCCAGUAAUAUAGAUUCACACUUAUUUCUCCCGUUUGUGCUAGAUAAGUCAUCUAGCCACCAUUUAGCAUUAAACACAAUGGAAGGCUUUGCUGAAGUAAGAAAAUAUUUUAUUGCAUUCAUGUGUUAACCAUGACCAAGCUUCGUUGGAUACGGUCGAGUAAAUUGUGUUUGUUGGUGGGAAUUUAUAGACAGUAAGACUUUAAUUCUUGAGAUUGUCAUUUUCUUCUAAGAACUACUCAUUAAGUACUAUUUGCUUAUAAUAUGAUUUGGGCUAAGAUUAUUUAUGUAAGUACUACCCCUAACAUCGCCUACAGAAGACCGUGGCUCAGAUAUUAUAGUUGAAGACUUUAUUGUCAUGUAUUUAUUUAUUGUUUUAGAUAUUUCCUAAUACCGUCAUAUAGAAGUCUGCCUUUUUGCGCAGAAUGCCUCGAAUUCAGCGAAAAUAAAGGGUACCUAAAUUGUCAGGAUAACCAGGCAUGACGCUGACGAGAAUCAAGAUGAGAUCGAAGCACGCGAGUUGGGAACCGUUAAAUACCCCUUACAAUUUCACCUAACUCGACUCAACGGUAAUGGACAAAAAUGCUUAGAAUCUGCUUCGUUAUUUAUUGUUUAUUUAUUGUCGACAGUUUCUGAAUCAAUUUUCUACACGAACUGUGAAGACGUUUUGUUUCAAAUGAAUAUACGUUUUUACACGC